UAUUCACGUUCCUGCAAAUUAUGAGAAGCACCAAAAGCUUUUAACUAAAGAAAAUCUUUUUUAUAUAAAAAAAAACUUUGAGAAGCAUGAGAGUGUUUCUUUUACUUUCUUUGAAUGCUCUUAUGUUACUUAAAGCAUAUGGCUUUACCGAUGAAUCUGAUAGGCUAGCAUUGUUCGAGUUCAAAUCUCAAAUAUCUCAAGGCAAAAGAGCUGUUUUGUCCUCAUGGGAUAACACCGUCCAUGUGUGCAACUGGACUGGGGUUACAUGUGGCCGCAAACACAAGAGAGUUACUCGUUUGGAGCUCGGAGGAUUGCAAUUAGGCGGAAUGAUAUCACCAUCUAUUGGUAAUCUUUCCUUUCUCAUAUGGCUUAAUCUCUCUGGUAACUCUUUUGUUGGUACCAUCCCACACGAGGUGGGAAACUUGUUUAGGCUUGAACACUUGGAUAUGAACUUUAAUUAUAUCAAGGGAGAUAUUCCAGCCAGUUUGGCUAACUGCUCUAGAUUGUUGGAGCUUCAGAUUAAUUCAAAUCAUCUUGGAGGAUAUGUUCCUUCAGAACUAGGGUCAUUGACGAAGCUUGUUACUUUAGAUCUUUAUGGAAACAACCUAAAAGGAAAGCUCCCUGAUUUUCUAGGUAACUUAACAUCCCUUAAAGAAGUUGGAUUUGGAGGUAACAAUAUACAAGGAAGAAUUCCGGAUAAUAUAGUUAGAUUGACUCGAAUGGUGUAUCUUGACUUAUCACGGAACAAUUUCUUAGGUGUUUUUCCUCCCCCUAUUUACAACUUGUCCUCACUUUAUGUUUUAUACAUCUUUGGGAAUAGUUUCUCGGGUGGUCUGAGGGAUGAUUUUGGUAAUUUGCUACCCAACCUUCAAAGGCUAUAUAUAGGAAAGAAUCAUUUCACAGGAGCUAUUCCAACUACACUUCCCAAUAUAACGAGUCUUCAAGGAUUGGGAAUGGAGUUUAACAAUCUAACAGGAAGUAUUCCUCCAGGCUUUGGAAAAAUGCGGAAUUUGAAAAUAUUAUCACUUCAUAGCAAUUCUUUCGGAAGUGGCUCUUUUGGAGAUCUUGAGUUUCUUGGUGGGUUGACUAACUGCACCAAACUAGAAAUCUUAGAGGUUGGUCGUAAUAAGUUAGGGGGUAGCUUGCCUACUUCCAUUGGUAAUCUGUCCACGGAGCUCAACCUUUUAAGCCUUGACACAAAUCUCAUCACUGGUAGCAUUCCUCAUGAGAUUGGGAAUCUCAUAAGUCUACAAUCACUUUGGUUGGAGAAAAAUCUGUUGACGGGACCACUUCCGACCUCUCUUGGGAAGCUUUUAGGAUUGAUGAAAUUAAGUCUGUAUUCAAAUAGGCUGUCAGGAGAUAUACCAUCUUUUAUAGGCAACCUCACUUGGUUAGAGUCACUCUACUUGUACGACAAUCUUUUCGUAGGAUUCAUUCCUCCGAGCCUCGGUAAUUGUAGUCACCUGCUGGAAUUGUGGAUUGGGGAUAAUAAGUUGAAUGGGACUAUACCUCGGGAGAUUAUGCAAAUUUCACCCCUUCUUACCCUAAGCAUCCCACGUAAUUUCUUCACUGGCUCUCUACCUGAAGAUGUUGGGCGACUAGAAAAUCUUGUUACACUAUCACUUGAAAAUAAUAAAUUAUCAGGACAACUUCCACAGACUUUGGGGACCUGUCUCUCGAUGGGAGAACUCUAUCUACAAGGAAAUUUGUUUAAUGGAGCCAUUCCAGAUAUAAGAGGGUUGGUGGGUAUUAAAGAAAUUGAUUUCUCGAACAAUAAUCUCUUUGGAGUUAUACCUGGAUAUCUUGCAAAUUUUUCCAAGUUGCAGUAUCUCAAUCUAUCCAUUAACAAUUUCGAGGGAAGAGUGCCAACAGAAGGAAAAUUUCAGAAUGCAUCUCUAGUUUCAGUGUUUGGAAACAAAGAUCUAUGUGGAGGCAUCAGGGAGUUGCAACUAAAGCCAUGCUCAAGGCAAGAACCACCAAUGGGAAGAAAGCAUUCCUCUCUUUCAAGGAAAGCUGUGAUAUGGGUCAGUGUAAGCAUAGCUUUGCUUUUGCUGGUGUUCAUAGCUUUAGUUUCUCUACGCUGCUCAGCCGGAGUCAGAGGAACCAUUGGCUAUGCCGCUCCAGAAUAUGGAAUGGGAGGGCAGCCUUCAAUACAUGGUGAUGUGUAUAGCUUUGGGGUUCUCCUUUUGGAAAUGUUCACGGGAAAGCGACCAACCAAUGAGUUAUUUGGGGGGAACUUUACACUACACAGCUACAUCAAAUCUGCGUUGCCAGAGCGAGUAUUGGAUGCUGCCGAUGAAUCAAUUCUUCACAUCGGUCUCAGAGUCGGUUUUCCAAUUGUUGAGUGCUUGAAAUUGGUUUUCAAGGUUGGACUUAGGUGCAGUGAAGAAUCUCCUACAAACCGGUUGGCAAUGAGUGAAGUCGCAAAGGAGUUGAUCUCAAUCAGAGAGAGUGCCCUCAUGUUACUUAAAGCAUAUGGUAUUACUGAUGAAACUGAUAGGCAAGCUUUGCUGGAGAUAAAGUCUCAAGUUUCCGAAGAGAAAAGAGUUGUCUUGUCCUCAUGGAAUAACUCAUUCCCGGUUUGCAACUGGAUUGGGGUUACAUGUGGCCGAAAACACAAGAGAGUUACUAGUUUGGACCUACGAGGAUUGCAAUUAGGCGGAGUAAUAUCACCAUCUAUUGGUAAUCUUUCGUUUCUCAUAUCGCUUAAUCUCUCUGGUAACUCUUUUGUUGGUACCAUUCCUAAAGAGGUGGGAAACUUGUUUAGACUUGAAUACUUGGAUACGAGCUUAAAUUUUCUAGGAGGAGGGAUUCCAACGAGUUUGUCUAACUGCUCUAGAUUGUUAUACCUUUAUUUAUUCUCAAAUCGCCUUGGAGAAAGUGUUCCUUCAGAACUAGGGUCACUGACGAAGCUUGUUAGCUUAAAUUUUGGUCGAAACAGUCUGCAAGGAACACUACCCGCAUCUCUAGGAAACAUGACAUCCCUUGUAUAUCUUAACUUGGGAAUUAACAAUAUAGAAGGAGGAAUUCCAGAUGGUUUUGCUAGAAUGACUCAGUUGGUGGGUAUUGAAUUAUCAGGGAACAAUUUCUCAGGUGUUUUUCCUCCUGCUAUCUACAACGUGUCCUCACUUGAGCUUUUAUACAUCUUUAGUAAUGGUUUUUGGGGUAAUUUGAGGCCUGAUUUUGGUAAUUUGCUACCAAACCUUAAAGCACUAACUAUAGGAGAUAAUUAUUUCACUGGAACCAUUCCAACAACACUUUCCAAUAUCUCGAAUCUUCAAGAUUUUGGAAUAGAGGGUAAUAAAUUUACGGGAAGUAUUCCUUCGAGCUUUGGAAAGCUACGAAAUUUGCAAUACUUGUCUCUUCUUGGUAAUACUUUGGGAAGUCACUCUUUUGGAGACCUUGAGUUUAUUGGUGCUUUGACUAAUUUCACCCAACUACAAGUGUUAGAUGUUGGUGACAAUAGGUUUGGUGGUGACUUGCCUACUUCCAUUGCCAAUCUGUCCACAAACCUCAUCUAUUUAAGCUUUCAAAAAAAUCGCAUCUCUGGAAACAUUCCUCAUGACAUUGGGAAUCUCAUAAGCCUUCAAUCACUUGGGUUGAACGAAAACUUGUUGACAGGACCACUCCCAACCUCUCUUGGUAAGCUUUUAGGAUUUGGGGAACUAAGUGUUCAUUCAAAUAAAAUGUCAGGGGAGAUACCAUCUUCUAUAGGCAACAUCACUAUGUUACAAAGACUUUAUUUGUACAACAAUAGUUUUGAAGGAAAUGUUCCUCCGAGUCUCGGUAAUUGUAGGCAGCUACUAGAUUUACGGAUGGGAUAUAAUAAGUUGAAUGGGACUAUACCUGAAGAAAUCAUGCAAAUCUCAACCCUUGUUACCCUAGGAUUGUCAGCUAAUUCAUUGACCGGCUCUCUACCAAAUGAUGUUGAAAGAUUACAAAAUCUUGUUGUGUUAUCACUUGGUAAUAACAAAUUGUUCGGACGACUCCCACAAACCUUGGGAAAAUGUGUCUCGUUGGAACAACUUUAUCUGCAAGGAAAUUCUUUUGACAGAGAUAUUCCGGAUAUAAGAGGGUUAGUGGGUGUUAAAAGAGUUGAUUUCUCAAACAAUAAUCUCUCUGGAAGUAUACCUGGAUAUCUUGCAAACUUUUCCAAGUUGGAGUAUCUCAAUCUAUCUUUUAACAAUUUUGAGGGGAAAAUGCCAACAGAAGGAAUAUAUAAGAAUAUGACUAUUGUCUCAGUAUUUGGAAACAAAGAUCUAUGUGGAGGCAUCAGGGAGUUGCAACUAAAGCCAUGCCUCGUGGAAGCACCACCGAUGGAGAGAAAACAUUCUUCUCAUUUGAAGAGAGUUGUGAUCGGUGUCACCGUAGGCAUAGCUUUGCUUUUGAUAUUGCUCAUAGCUUCAUUUGCUAUAUGCUCCGCUGGCGUGAGAGGAACCAUCGGUUAUUGCGCACCAGAAUAUGGAAUGGGAGGACAGCCAUCAAUACAUGGUGAUGUGUAUAGCUUUGGGGUUCUCCUUUUGGAAAUGUUCUCUGGAAAACGACCAACCAAUGAGUUAUUUGGGGGAAACUAUACACUACACAGCUACAUCAAAGUUGCGUUGCCAGAGAGAGUAUUGGAUGUUGCUGACGAAUCAAUUCUUCACGUCGGUCUCAGACUCGGUUUCCCGGUUGCUCAAUGUGUGACAUUGGUUUUCGAGGUAGGACUUAGGUGCUGUGAAGAGUCUCCUACCAACCGGCUGGCUAUGAGUGAAGUUCUCAAAGAAUUAAUCUCAAUCAGAGAGAGGUUCUUCGGAGCCAGAAGGACAGCUAGAAGUUGAAGUGAUUAUGGUCUCCCCUAUAAACUUUGCAAUCUAUGAAAUAAAGGCUCAUUUUCAGGCCUAUAUAAUAUCGUCGUCAUCAUUCGUUUUCAUUUUUUUUGUGUAUGCAUACAAAUUUAUGCUUGGAGAAUAUUGCCAAGAAAUGCUCUGUUAUUUUGUAAUCAAAUAUGAAAGUUGUGUUUUGAGCUGUUUAUAAUUAAUAAUUCAUCAAUUUCGUU